AUGGCACGGCUCGCCACCGGCCGCGGAGCGUUCGCCCUCGCGGCGUUAGACGCGAACAACACGGCCGCUGCCGGCGCGCGGUCUCAGGGCGAGGGAUCUCCGCUGAGCAGGGCCGACCUCAGAGCGGUGAACGUCAACCUCUGCGACAUGUGCGUCAUCUUGUCGGCCAAGGUGCCAGGUCAUGACGACCCGACUCUGGCGGAUAAGGAGGCCAUCCUCGCCUCCCUCAACAUCAAGGCCAUGACGUUUGAUGACACGAUUGGUGUCUUCAGUCAGAGUCCGAGUGGCAGUCGGACGCCGCCGAGCAGUCCUCUCGUCGUUCAGCGGCGUGGCUCCGUGUUCGGCGUUAACGUCCCCAUGAUCACUGAGCUUGUCAACGACUCCAACGUCCAGUUUCUGGACCAGGACGACGACGAUGACCCGGACACGGAGCUGUACCUGACCCAGCCUUUCGCCUGCGGCACCGCCUUCGCCGUCAGCGUGCUGGACUCGCUCAUGUCCACGACGUACUUUAACCAGAAUGCGCUGACGCUGAUCCGGUCCCUGAUCACCGGCGGCGCCACACCGGAGCUGGAGCUGAUCCUGGCGGAGGGCGCCGGCCUGAGAGGCGGCUACAGCUGA